UGUUCCUUGAUGCCAGAGAAUUGUUGCUGCUUGUAUUUGGCUAGCAUCACGACAAGGUGAAAAUCCAAGGAGAGCAAGAGACGUGAUCAAUGUAUUCCAAAGAAUGGAAUAUAGGAGGGAGAAUCUCACUCUAGAUUAUUUGGAUGCUUCUUCAAUGGUAAUUUAGUCUUUUUGCUUUAGUUGAAGGAGGCUGGAGUUUCAAUGUUUUAUCUUUGAUGCUUAUAUUAUUGUGCAGAAAAAGCAUCCAGAAUUAAAGAUGGAUUUGAUCAGAUGCGAAGGACAUAUCCUAAAGGAGUUGGCUUUCUCAUGCCAUGUUGAAAUUCCUCAUAAACUCAUGGUAAGUUACAUUUCAGUUUUGGGGACACAUCCAAAGUUGAUGCAAGAAUCAUGGAAUCUUGCCAAUGAUAGCUUGCGCUCAACUUUAUGUGUGAGGUUGAAGGCUGAGGUUGUGGCAUGUGGUGUUGUAUAUGCUGCUGCCCGAAGAGUACAUGUUCCCCUGCCCGAAAAUCCUCCAUGGUGGGAAGCAUUUGAGGUUGAGAAAAGUGGUAUAGAUGAAGUGUGUAGAGUUCUAGCCCACUUGUAUAGUCUACCCAAGGCAGAAUAUUUACAUGUAUGCAAAGAAGAUGGGUCCUUUACUACAAUGUCUCUUGUAACAAUUGUUACUCAUGAGUCAAAAGCCACAGAAAUUGGUAAGAUGAAAAAAGAACGUCUAUCUAAGGAAAGGGAAAAGAUAAAGGAGAAGGAAAAAGGAAAGGGAAAGGGAAAGGGAAAGGGAAAGGGAAAGACAUAG